AUGAACGCCAUUGUUACCAUCGCGCUUUUCGCCACCAUCGCAGCAUAUGUCAGCGCUCAAGAGUUCGAGAAUGAUGUAGAGUAUCAGAAGGGUUGUAAGUUUUACAGUUUUUAUUUUAAAUUAAAGUGCUAAAAAGAAAAUUUGACAUGCAAAAACGCUUAAAAAUAUGCUCUUUGAAGCUAGAAAAAAGCGUUUUAUAUAAUGUAUCGUGCAGAUCAAAGAAAAAUGUUAGCAAACCUUGCUGCUACAAACAAUAUUCUUGUAGCGCAUGUUCCAUUUUUAAUACCUUAUCGUAUGUUGCCGCUCAGUCGUAGACACGCAAUUAAGAGCAAGUUUGGGGACGGUAAGAGCGAGUACUCCAUCCCCACUUUUUAGUUCAAGUUUACCCGCUCUGUCAGUUAAAUAUCUGUUGUAUACUUCACUAGUUUACUUAUUUUAAGCUCACACUAAUUUUAUUACCUUAACAUAGCCUAAUUUCAAACACUCGCCACUGAUAUCACACUGUAAUAAAUAAUAACGUCAAUUUGCAGCCAUCCCAUCACUCCACUUUCUACGAUCCAUCCGCCGAAGCAGAGAAUUGUUCGGAAAACGAUCAGGCUUCGUAGAAGAGAAAAGACGAAGCCGUGAACUUUUUGGCAAACGAUCAGUCAAAUCAGGUAAGCCUUAUCGUAUGUCACAAAAAGAUUUUCCCUCAAGCAAAACAUACAAAAGAACCUUAAUUUAGACAUAGAGUUUGUAAGGCAAUUUUUGGCACGACUAACCCAUGUUUUAAACAAUUCUACAAACUUUUUGACCUCAAUUUAAAAUUUAUUUUCUUCACGAUGAAUAUACCGCAUGAUAUUAAUAUACUUCUUCGACUUUUAACUCCAAUCUCUUCCUUUCAGAAGAAGAAAUUCCAUUUAACAGCGCCGAAGUGUUAGCAUUAGCCACCUUACUAACCGAACGACCACGCCGUGCCCGCGGCACAGAACUGUUCGGGAGAUAA